AUGAGUUAUAGACGAGAGUCUCCGUGUAUGAAGUAUUUCGAGAAGACAAGAGGUGACGGACACAUCCGAAAGAGUCUGUCAGCCACUCGUUUUCCACCGAUACGUCGUACAAGUGAUCCAUCGAGUGAUGAUUCCGACGAUUUUCAUCAAUUAGACUUCAGCGGUGAUCUGUCGUCAUCCAUAUCCAGAAGCAGCUCCGAGUCGUGUCACUCGUUGGGCUCUAAUCGCUGCUUGCGAAAAUUGGAUGAAAUUCGGUCAUCGCGUUCAUCGCUAAACAAAAUGCAAAUAUUUGACGACAACUUUCACAACAAUAAUAAUGAAUCGCUUGAAGAGUUUAGAUCUCGUUUAAGAAUUAGAAGAAGUCAUAAAAACAGAGACAAAGAUCAGUUCAAUUAUGACAAUGAAGGCGACAAAAGUGAUAUUUCUAUCGAUAGUGCGACCAAAGAGGCUCACGAAGAGAUACUCAGAAAUGCUGAAUCUCUUAGACGAGAACAGCCAGAGAUUUAUAACACGAGUUCAAAAAAGCUCAUCCGUUCGUACAAACCAUCAAUCCGUUUACCAAAUAAUAAAAACACAGAAAAAAGGAUAGACUUUACUGAAGAGCAAACAAAUAAACUUCAGGACAUCGAUAGGUCGAUAGAUUUGGAUAACAGUUAUGAGUCGAGGAAAGACACACUCAAUAGACUAUGCAGUCGAAGACAGGAAGAGAUUAGAUUAGCAACACUUCCAAAGAGGACGUCUUUAGACUACGACAACUCUAACAAUGAUGGAGAGAUGCACGGAUUGCAGAGAAGUUCUACCGAUUAUUUCGGGCCAACCAAUGAUGUCGGCCAACAAAAAUCAUUGACCAAAACGGCAAAAAAGAUCUUUUCGAGUCCCAGACUUAAACAUAAAACACAGUCACAAAUACUGAGAGCCGCCUCAUCUAUUCCUUCCCUAAUAUUUCCAUUGAAGAGUAGUAAUAAUGUAAACAAAAGUGUGAAUACCAUAGAUAUGUUAGACUCUAGCAAUUGUAACACUCCUGAGAGCAGCUUCGGUGGCUCUAAGAAGAGUUCAAUAGAUGAGGGAUUGAUAUGCAAUACACCUAAAACUAGAAGAAGUCCGUUGCGAUUCUUAGGCAACUUUGUUGACGACAAACUGUUCAGAGGUCGGUGGGGAUCAACAAAGAGGGCCAAAUCUUCUGUAGAAUUGGGACGACUUUCCUGGGAAAUUCCCGACGACUUGACUGAUAAUAAUAAUAAUUGCGGAAAUAAAUUAAAUCGCAGAAAAAGUUACAUUAAAGACGAUAAUAAUCUUAAUCAACACACACUUAAAGAUAUGCCGAGUGUUACACAAAGAAUAGCUGUCAAUGAAAUGCCGGACACGAGUUGUUGCAAAACUAGUUCUUCGUCGACAUCUCUUUCCUCUAAACAUAAGCCACGAUCUCUUAGCACAUGUGCUGAUAAUAGGAACCGACACCGACUGCCGAGUGCUGCAUCUGAUAGACUUUCACUGUCCAGUUCAUCGGCCAUCGGGUCAGAUGAUGCCGAUAUCUUUCUACCACAACAACAGUCACCACUAAGGACUGAGAUAUCUGCUGAUGCAUUGGCAGAGAUAGAGGCAUUUGAAAGGUUGGCUCAAAGUCUACUCAAAUAAGAGUCCAUCUGA